CAAUGACGACGGAGCUCAUCGAAGAAGCUUCAUUGGGCAAUUUCUCCUAUGACGUGGAGCGUGGAGAAGAAAGUCCUGUCACCAGGGCCUUGGGCGCAGUCCUCCUCCUCAUGUGUCUCUUUGGGACGACAGGCAAUAUCUAUACACUGGUGGUAGCGUUUGGUGGCAUGUCUGUUCGCUCGGUGGGUUCUUUGCGCAUCUACGUGGUCAACCUAGCCUUAGCCGAUCUGCUCUACCUUUCCACCAUCCCCUUUGUGGUGUGCACAUAUUUCGCCCAGGACUGGUUCUUUGGGGACGUGGGCUGCCGGUUUCUGCUCAGCUUGGACCUGCUGACGAUGCACGCCAGCAUAUUCCUGCUGACGGCCAUGAGCGUGGAGCGCUAUUGGGCCGUGACCAGACCCCUAAGGGCCAGGCAGGCUGGAAACAGCUACCGCAGGCUGGCUUGCGUUGCCGUGUGGCUCGUCUCGUCUUUGCUUACGGUGCCCAUGAUGGUCAUGAUCCAGCAGCGGGAGGGCAGGAGCCGAAAGCUCAUCUGCUUUCCCACGUGGACGCCUGGCGCUUUCCGAGUGUACCUCACGGUUUUGUUUGGCACAAGCGUCCUCGGUCCUGGUUUGGUCCUGGGGGUCGUGUACUCCCGGCUUGUGCAGGCCUAUUGGGCUUCCACAAAAGUCAUGUGGUCACCUGUGGUGAGCAGGGCCCUGAAGCAGAAGCUGUUUCCCAGGAUCUUCAGCAUCAUCGUAGCCUACUGGGCCUGUUUCGUACCAUUCUGGGCCUGGCAACUCACCAAGCUGUACUGGCCAGAGGACUUGGAGAUCGGGCCGACCGCCCAGGCUUACCUCAACUUUGGCGUUACCUGCUUGACCUAUGGCAACAGCUGCGUCAACCCUUUCCUUUAUACCUUGCUCACCAGGAAUUACCGCGAGUACAUGGCCGCUCAGGGCAGAGAAAGGCCACAUAGGAGGCAUGCUUUCUUCAAGAAGAAAACGCAUGAAACGCCCCAAGCAGAACAUGUGUCUAUGGCAGAGGGAGAAGGGCUUGGAUAAAGGAAGCAAAGGAUGGCCACCAAUAAUCUACCCCAAGGAUGCCUUUGCCUCUGCCUGCACAUUCCAAUUUGGAAAAUUGGAAUAAAAUGUAUUUUUUUUUUAAAAAAAAUAGCUUUGGAGAGCAGCAGCAGCAGCAGCAGCAACAAGGUGGGAAAUAGUGACUGCAAACUUCGCUCUGGGAACCUGCAUGUUUGGUUGUUCACACUAAACCAUCGUUUGGCUUAGUGUUGUUUUGUAACUGGGCCAUAGUGUAUACCAGAGGUAGGAAACCUAUGGGGCAGAUUUGGCGCACCAGGCCAUUUCCCCCAAACCACACUGACCUGACCUAUAGCUGCUGUUUGGCCUGGCUUCUAAUUUUUCUGUGCAAUUCUGUUUAACCUUCUUCUUUUCUGCAGAUCAGUUUUCCCCAAUGUAAAGUUUUGUAUGUUAUUUUCAUUAAUAUAUGUAUUUUUAUGCACCCGAGUACAUACGUUAUGGCUGGAGAAGUGCCUUGCAAGAUUUGAAGCAGUGUAAAUUUCCAAGGUUGGCUGUGUGUCAAUGUUUGUGUUGUUUCAGAAAUUGCAAAUUGGGUAGGUUUGCCUUUAAAUGCGAACUGAACUGAAUUUCUCCCCAUUCCUACCUAUAGCUCCCAAUCGAGACAAUGAAUGCCAUUUGGAAGUCUUUGCAUUGCAGCUGUCCUGUAAUAAGUACAGCCAGAUCCAUAGCUGCAGAAAUCACAUAUCCUUCCCCUGUUGGCUCCUGUUUUCAUUUCCCUCUCCUUCAUCUGUUGCCUUCCUUGUGUUGACAGCUAGACUGUAAGCCCUUUGAGGGCGGGGACCUCUCCUUUGAUUCUUCAGUUUAUUUAUAUGGAUGAUGCUUUAAUAAUAGUAGCAACAAACAUUCUGUUCUCCCCCCCACUCCCAAAUAAGCAUGCAUUGUGAUCCGCAAGCAGCUUUAGUAGCCAGUGUAGGACAAAUUAUUGAGGACAAAAUGAUUGCAGCAUACAGGAGGCAGAAAAGAGAUUUCAGCAACAAUGUUAAGGGCGAGUGGGGAGGAAGGAAUCCAGUGAUGAUCUUUGGUGCAAAAAUAGAUGUUUCAAAUACACAAAUGUCUCUAGUUUCGUCUGUGAAAUAUUGGCACAGCAUGAGACCAGCUUAGCAACAGCCAGAGAAAGAAUGUCUUAUGUGGCUGUAACAUACCUCAUAGCAGGAGAACUUCAGAAGGCAGGAAAAUAUGUGGAGAGAGAAGGGUUGGGAGGUCACACUUUCCUGUGACUAACAGAGUAGUUUGUAGAAUAUAACAAGGCAUUUAAAAUGUUGGUAGCUGAUCCACAGCAAGGUGAGUUUUUUCUACUGCACACAUAUAAGUGCUUGUUGCACUAGAUUAAUCUACAUACAAGAGUUAAUAAGUUUUUAGUGCUUUAUAAACAUUAAGAAUACAGUCCUGCUAAAUGAAGAAAAGCAGAAUUCUUUGCAACUGUCUCAGCUGCAGACUGUCACUGUUUUGUGAGAGGGACUCAAAAACUUGUAGGUUCCUGAAAUCAGAAUGGAUUAAAGAGGUCUGCCACUCUGGUGCAACAAAGCCAGUUUUUAAAAAUGACAUAAAAACCCUGACUUUUUGUGGUUUGAAAAGCAACACCCCCACUGUAACGGUUGUGCAGAGGAUGUGGUUUUGUCUGGCAUGCCUUUUCUAAGCUCAGCAGCACAGUGGUAUGGCAAGCACCACCAGCCACAUCCCCCUCCAAAAUGAUUCUGCUUGCCCUUUGAGAUCUGUGGAGGAGGUCUGUGUGGUGCAUAUGGGCAGGGCCUUUUCAGUCAUGGUGCCCAGACUUCAAAACUCCCUCCCUCAGGGUGCCUGUGUAGCUAGCAAAGACUGCAUUGUCUGCAGGCAUUCGCGUACUCUGAGGCUGCAAACAUCCUAUACAUUUAAAACACACAAAUUCCCAGUGGAACUUUGCUCAGGGUGCUGGGAAUUGUAGUUUUGCGAUAGGUAAACUCUAGUUCCAGGAUUUGUUGGGGGGGGGGAAUGUGCUUUAAGUGUAUGGUGUGUAUGAUGAAUUCAGCAAUGCAGUGGGAAAUUCAAAAGUGCAGAGUCCCUUCAUGGUAGCCACACCCCCUGACAGCCACACCCCUUCCAAGAUUAUACAAUAAUCUUAAAACAAUACAUUAAUAAUAAUGUUUUGCAUGUUUUGCAAUGAUCAAUGUAGAUCUCAAUAGGUUGCCUUUCAGCUGCAUCAACUAUUUUCUGUGUGUGUAUAUCAGCAAAUGAUUUGGACUGCUCUAUCUCCUUCUGGGGUGACUUAAGUUGCGUCUCCCUUGACAUUCCAUUGUGCAUAACAGAACUUACACACCGUUGAGGAACCUGUGUUUUUGGUGUUCCUAAAUGCUUAGCUUUGAAGAAGAGGAGUUUGGAUUUGAUAUCCCGCUUUAUCACUACCCUAAGGAGUCUCAAAGCGGUUAACAUUCUCCUUUCCCUUCCUCUCCCACAACAAACACUCUGUGAGGUGAGUGGGGCUGAGAGACUUCAGAGAAGUAUGACUAUGCCAAGGUCACCCAGCAGCUGCAUGUGGAGGAGCGGAGACGCAAACCCGGUUCACCAGAUUACGAGUCUACCGCUCUUAACCACUACACCACACUGGCACACUGUACAGUAUGUUCUUUGGAGCAUACAGGGCAACUUCUCCCUGGUGAUCUUCCCUAGGAGCCAGUCCUCCAUGGCUGACUCACCUCCUUUCAUUCUGGCUGACUCUUAAGCAUGACAAAAGCUAAGAAGUUCCCCUUUCAUGCUGAUUGUGCAGUUCUAGGAUGCUGGAGACAUGGUCCCUUCUGCAGAAAUAGUAAAGGGUCUCUGACCCGACCCGACCCCACUCCCCACGACCCCAGAUCUGAAUGAAUUUGACCGGGCUUUACUCUUCACUUUAUUUCCCAAAGUGCUGUGCUUUUUAUUAUGUUUUUCUUGAGGCUUUUAUUGUGUUCUAAAAUACAAUUGCAGGAGACCUCUCCUUAAAAAGCAUGCAUAUAUAUGUAUGUAUGUAAAAUAAAUUAUUCACGGGAUUGUCUCCCACCAAUGCAUUCUCAGCUGAUCCACUGCCAUUAAUAGACGUAAGAUAGUCAUUAACUUCAAUGGAUCUACUCAGAGUAUGACUACCAUUGGCUACAGCCCAAGCUAAAUAAAAACACUACCCGCUCUUGCACCUGAUGACCCCAGUAGGUUUAUGCGUAUUUGUGUGUUGUGCACACCUUUGAUGCAGCGAUGGUGUCUAAAACCAUGUGAGCAGCACCUGAUGGAGGAGUCUCAUCAACUGGCCAAGCAGGCAGUGUUGGCUGGUGCAGGGAGAUGAGCAGUAGGUGGCGCUAGAGCCAAUGGGCUAUUCUAGUUUUGUCCCUAUCAUCCUACAAGGGCAACAUGGAGACUAAGGAGAAGGAAAUUACCAGGCGUGGCUUUACCCCUUGGACUUGUUAUAAGAAGACAGGCAGAUGAUGCUGAGUGCAGACUGAGGUUGGAGGGAUGGUGCCCCAUUUGCCCCCCCCAAUCAUCCUCCACUGCUUCCAGUGGCUAGAGAGGUCAGACUUCAGCAUUCUGCUUAACUCCUCCCACCUCUCUAUGGUUAUUGGGCGCAGGCUAUAUUAAAACAAUAAAAUAAAGAAAUGA